GCGUCGCGACACCAACGUGAACCACAACCCCAUAGUUACGGCGCAUGUGAUACAGGCAUCUUCUAAACGACGAAUUCACAUAGAGAUAUCAUCGCAAUGGCUCGCACACGCUCAAAACCUACAAAGGCAGCUCCCAAAGCCUCAACACCAGAACCACCGACCUCUACGGUCAAACCACUACCCGCAAGCACGUCCAACCCACCUAAGCUCUUCGUACUCCCGAAGGAUGCCUCAAAAGAUGCGCGCAUAGUCACACUGGACAAUCCCGCCAAUGCGACACCCUCACGGUACUUCUUUUGUCCUGAGAAGGGCUUCUACGAGUUCACACGCAUCGCCGCGCCGAAGAAAGACUGCAGAAGUUGGCUAAUCACAGGGGAGUCGUCUGAACCCCAAGAUGAAGAAACCACAGAAGAGAAGGAGGAUAUAGCACGGAUAGGCAGCGGCUACAUCAACAAGACCGCCGACCUCUUUAUUGCAACACCCAUUGAUGCCCUUUUCCUCAUCCUCCCUGCGCUAGCGCCCAAGUCCGCAAAAGACACUAAACAACACUUCCUCGCCCUAGAAGACUAUCUAGACAUGCUCUCCUCUUCCUCCCCACACUGGAAAGCGCUGCUAUCGCAAUACCCUACGCUAAAGUCGCUCGUGGAGCGGAGAAUGCGCGUCCUGUGCGAUACCGUAGACGCAGGUGAUGAAACCAUGUACCGUAUAUCCAUGGAGAAGCUCAGCGCUGCCCUAAUAAAAAAGGCAGAACGAAUGGUUGCAAAGGGCUUACCACCCUCAAUGGAAGAUAAGUUGGUAAGGACAGCGUUGGAGAUACCAGUCAUGAGUAUCAAGCGGGAAGAAAGUAGCGUUUCAACCACCGAACAGACUUCCACAGAAGCUACGACCACUACAUCUACAACCACAACGACAGAAACUACAUCAACCGAGCAAACAACAACAGAAGCACCCCAACCCCUCACAACACUCCCCACAAUCCCCCCUCUUCUCCGCCUCCGCACAUCCCUCACCUACCUCUUCAGCACCUACAUACCCGCCUCCAUCCGCCCCACACUCCAACCCCUCACCCUCAACACUCCCCUCUUCGCUCCUCUAACCUCCCACCUCACCGCCAUCGCUGCUCUGAAAUCCGAGGCGCUCGCCUUACGCAGCAUUUCGGAUAACAUCAGCCGGAAGCGGGCGAUCGAGGAAGACGACGACAAGGUAGCGGAGCGCGAAGAGAAGAAACGGAAGAAGGAAGAGGAGGAGAAGAGGAAGAAGAGUGAGGGGAGGGGCGUGAAGCAGUUGAAGAAGGUGGAUACGAGUGGGAUGAAGAAGAUGAGUGCGUUUUUUAAGAAGGUGGAGAAGAAGACUUCGUAG